ACAUGGCCGCCGCGCCGCCGCGGGGAACAUGCUGAGCGCUCGGGGCCGCGCGGGCGGCGGCGAGGGCGGCGGCGGGGGCCAUGGCCCGGCUGGCCGACUACUUCAUCGUGGUGGGCUACGACCACGACAAGCCGGGUGAUUUUAAAGACCAAUAAUCAAGUUGUUAAAGCUGCUUUAAGUCAGAUGUACAAGUACCCAGAAUAUUGAUUCAGCUGCAGAGGGCCAGAAUGACAAUAUGGAAUUUGCAGCCACAGGAAGACCCUUACAAGGGUCAGGCGCGGGCCUGGGGAAAAUAAUCCAGAGAUUUCCACAAAAGGACUGGGAGGACACACCUUUUCCACAGGGAAUUGAGUUGUUUUGUCAGCCUGGUGGAUGGCAGCUGUCCAGAGAAAGGAAGCAGCCAGCGUUCUUUGUGGUGGUCCUGACAGAUAUUGACUCAGAUCGACAUUACUGUUCAUGUCUGACCUUCUAUGAAGCAGAGAUCAAUCUCCAGGGAACAAAGAAAGAAGCAGUGGAAGGUGAAGUGGAAGUUUCCAGUUUAAUUCAGCCUGCUGAAGUGUUUGCUCCCAAAAGUCUAGUGUUGGUCUCCAGAUUAGAUUAUCCAGAAAUUUUUAGGGCCUGCCUGGGGUUGAUAUAUACUGUAUAUGUGGACAGUCUGAAUGUCUCUUUGGAAAGUCUCGUCGCAAACCUGUGUGCAUGCCUUGUUCCAGCAACAGGAGGGUCUCAGAAGCUGUUUUCAUUGGGCGCAGGAGAUAGACAGCUGAUCCAGACUCCUUUGCAUGAUAGCCUUCCUGUCACAGGCACUAGUGUUGCUCUCCUGUUCCAGCAGCUAGGAAUUCAAAAUGUCCUCAGCCUCUUUUGUGCAGUUCUUACAGAAAAUAAGGUUCUUUUCCAUUCUGCGAGUUUCCAGAGACUUAGUGAUGCUUGUAGAGCCUUGGAAUCUUUAAUGUUUCCUCUUAAAUAUAGUUACCCUUAUAUCCCUAUCCUCCCAGCUCAGCUACUGGAAGUUCUCAGUUCCCCAACACCUUUCAUCAUCGGAGUACAUUCUGUCUUUAAAGCUGAUGUUCAUGAACUUCUAGACGUGAUCAUAGCAGAUCUGGAUGGAGGCACUAUUAAAGUUCCUGAGUGCAUUCACCUCUCUUCCCUCCCGGAGCCACUGCUGCACCAGACUCAAGCAGCGCUUUCUUUGAUCUUGCAUCCGGAUUUGGAAGUAGCAGAUCAUGCUUUUCCUCCUCCACGAACAGCUUUAUCCCACUCAAAGAUGCUGGAUAAAGAAGUACGUGCAGUUUUUCUUAGGUUAUUUGCACAACUUUUCCAAGGAUACAGAUCAUGUCUACAACUUAUAAGAAUCCAUGCAGAACCAGUAAUACAUUUUCACAAGACAGCUUUUUUGGGGCAACGUGGUUUGGUUGAGAAUGAUUUCCUCAUUAAAGUCCUCAAUGGAAUGGCAUUUGCAGGCUUUGUUUCCGAAAGAGGCCCUCCCUAUAGACCCUGUGAUCUCUUUGAUGAGUUGGUAGCUUUUGAAGUAGAACGAAUUAAAGUUGAGGAAAGUAAUCCACUGAAAAUGAUCAAGCAUGUCCGAGAACUUGCUGAACAGCUAUUCAAAAACGAAAAUCCAAACCCUCACAUGGCGUUCCAGAAAGUUCCACGCCCAACAGAAGGAUCCCACUUGCGAGUUCAUAUUCUUCCUUUCCCAAAGAUCAAUGAGAUUCGAGUACAAGAAUUGAUCCAGGAAAACCUUGCUAAGAAUCAGAAUGCACCUCCUGCUUCACGGAUGGAGAAGAAAUGUGUCGUACCAGCAGGCCCACCUGUUGUUUCAAUAAUGGAUAAAGUGACAACAGUUUUCAACAGUGCACAGAGAUUGGAAGUUGUGAGGAACUGCAUCUCACUCAUAUUUGAAAGUAAAACAUUGGAGACUGAAAAGACCCUUCCUGCUGCGCUAAGAGCCCUUAAAGGAAAGGCGGCCAGACAGUGUCUCACUGACGAGCUGGGUCUGCAUGUGCAACAAAACCGGGCAAUCUUGGACCAUCAGCAGUUUGACUACGUGAUAAGGAUGAUGAACUGUACUCUGCAGGAUUGUUCCAGUUUAGAAGAAUAUAACAUCGCUGCAGCACUGCUCCCAUUGACCAGUGCUUUCUAUAGGAAACUAGCCCCUGGAGUCAGCCAGUUUGCGUAUACCUGUGUACAGGACCACCCCAUUUGGACAAAUCAGCAAUUUUGGGAGACGACUUUUUACAAUGCGGUUCAGGAACAGGUUCGCUCCUUGUAUCUCUCAGCUAAGGAAGACAGUUGUGCCCCACUCCUGAAGUACAAGGGCAUCGUUCCUGAUGACCGGCAUCAAGAGAGGACAGCCAUGGACCUGGCGGCUGAGCAGCUUCGCCUUUGGCCGACUCUGAGCAGAUCCACUCAACUGGAGCUGGUGCAGCGCGAGGAGAGCACUGUCUUUAGUCAGGCUAUUCACUUUGCCAACCUCAUGGUUAACCUGCUAGUUCCACUAGACACAAGUAAAAACAGGCUUCUGAGAGCUUCAGCUCCUGGAGACUGGGAGAGUGGGAGCAACAGCAUCGUCACAAACAGCAUUGCAGGAAGUGUUGCUGAGAGCUAUGAUACAGAAAGUGGAUUUGAAGAUUCAGAGAAUAAUGACAUUGCCAAUUCCGUUGUACGUUUCAUUACCCGGUUUAUUGACAAGGUGUGUACAGAGAGUGGGGUUACUCAGGAUCACAUCAAGAGCCUUCAUUGCAUGAUACCAGGAAUUGUAGCUAUGCACAUUGAAACCCUGGAAGCAGUACAUCGAGAGAGUAGACGGCUUCCACCAAUACAAAAGCCCAAGAUUCUGAGACCCGCUCUAUUGCCAGGAGAAGAAAUUGUUUGCGAAGGUCUUCGAGUUCUUCUGGAUACUGAUGGAAGAGAAGAAGCCACUGGGGGCCUUCUUGGAGGGCCUCAGCUCUUGCCAGCAGAAGGAGCUCUAUUUCUCACCACAUACAGAAUUCUGUUCAGAGGGACUCCGCAUGAUCAGCUAGCUGGUGAGCAGACAGUCAUGAGGAGUUUUCCCGUUGCUUCCAUCACCAAGGAAAAGAAGAUCACCAUACAGAACCAGCGUCAGCAGAACAUGCAGGAAGGACUUCAGAUCACAUCAGCAUCUUUUCAGCUGAUUAAAGUAGCAUUUGAUGAAGAAGUGAGUCCAGAAGUAGUGGAGAUAUUUAAGAAGCAGUUGAUGAAGUUGCGUUAUCCUCAGUCCAUUUUUACCACCUUUGCUUUUGCUGCUGGACAAACUGCCCCACAAAUCAUUUUACCCAAACAGAAGGAAAAAAAUACUUCUUUUCGCACAUUCUCGAAGACGAUCGUAAAAGGUGCUAAAAAGGCGGGGAAAAUGACAAUUGGACGACAGUAUCUACUCAAGAGGAGAGCAGGGACAAUUGUGGAAGAGAGAGUCAGCCGUCCGGGGUGGAAUGAAGACGACGACGUGUCUGUUUCAGAUGAUAGUGAACUUCCCACAAGCACUACACUGAAAGCUUCAGAGAAGUCUACAAUGGAGCAGUUAGUGGAGAAAGCUUGUUUCAGAGACUAUCAGCGGCUAGCUUUGGGGACCAUCAGUGGCAGCUCCUCUCGCUCAAAACCAGAGUAUUUUCGAAUCACUGCCUGUAACAGGAUGUAUUCACUCUGCCAGAGCUACCCUGGCCUUUUAGUCGUACCUCAAGUCGUACAGGACAGUAGCUUGCCGAGAGUAGCGCGCUGUUACCGCCAUAAUCGCCUACCUGUUGUUUGUUGGAAGAACUCCAGAUGCAGCACCCUGCUCCUCCGGUCUGGAGGGUUCCACGGGAAGGGAGUAGUUGGCCUUUUCAAAUCUCAGAACUCCCCUCAGGCAGCUCCUACCUCCUCUUUAGAGUCCUCCAGUAGCAUAGAGCAAGAAAAGUACUUGCAAGCCCUGCUGAAUGCAGUUUCUGUCCACCAGAAACUCAGUGGCAAUAACACUGUAAGGCCAUCACUGGCUCUGUCUCCAGGUGUCUGGGCAAGUCUCCGCUCAAGCACUCGCUUGGUCAGCUCUCCAGCACCCUUCAUUGACGUUGGCGCUCGGCUGGCAGGGAAGGGUCACUCGGCCUCGGUCAGUAACAGCGGCUACCUGCAGCGCCAGCUCAGCAAGCACCAAGCGGCCCUCUAUAUAUUCGGCGAGAAGGCGCAGCUAAGGAAUUUCAAGUUAGAAUUUGCUUUAAAUUGUGAAUUUGUCCCUAUUGAGUUUCAUGACAUCCGACAAGUGAAAGCCAGUUUUAAAAAACUGAUCAGAGCUUGUGUCCCAAGCACUAUUCCUACUGACUCCGAAGUGACCUUCCUGAAAGCACUGGAAGACUCCGACUGGUUUCCACAGCUUCAAAGGAUAAUGCAGCUGGCUAUGGUUGUAUCAGAAGUACUUGAGAAUGGUUCUUCAGUUCUGGUGUGUUUGGAAGAAGGCUGGGACAUCACCACACAAGUAACAUCUCUGGUUCAGUUACUCAGUGAUCCCUUUUAUAGGACAGUUGAAGGCUUCCGGAUGUUGAUUGAAAAGGAAUGGCUCUCUUUUGGCCAUAAAUUCAGUCAGCGGAGCAGCUUGACCCUCAACUCUCAGGGCAGUGGGUUUGCUCCUGUCUUCCUGCAGUUUCUGGACUGUGUACACCAGGUGCACAACCAGUACCCGACUGAGUUUGAAUUCAACCUCUACUAUUUAAAAUUCCUGGCUUUCCACUAUGUGUCUAAUCGCUUCAAAACAUUUCUUCUGGAUUCAGAUUAUGAAAGAUUAGAGCACGGAACUUUAUUUGAUGAUAAAGGAGACAAGCACGCCAAAAAAGGACUUUGUAUUUGGGAGUGUAUUGACAGGACACACAAGAGGAGCCCUGUUUUCUUUAAUUAUUUAUAUUCACCGGUGGAAACGGAGGCCCUGAAACCCAACAUAAAUAUCUCCAACCUCCAAAAGUGGGAUUAUUACGUGGAGGAGACCCUGUCCACAGGGCCUUCAUACGAAUGGAUGAUGCUGACACCCAGGCACCUCCCCACCGAGGAUUCUGAGCUCAGCGGUGGAGCUGGGCCCCAGAGUCUCAGGCGAACUGUGUGGCCCUGCUAUGAUGACGUCAGCUCUUCCCAGCCUGAUGCUCUCACCAGCCUUUUCAGUGAAAUCGAAAGAUUGGAGCAGAAGUUGAACCAGACCCCUGAGAAGUGGCAGCAGCUGUGGGAAAGGGUGACUGCGGACCUUCAAGAGAAGCCCCGAACACACCGUCCACAAAGAUGCCCCUCAGGCUCUCCGGGAAUCCUGUCUGCCAGCGUGCCUUCCUGUCAGAAGAGGUCUCUGCUGCCCCUCCCAGAAAGCAGCCCGGGGGAGGAGCAGAACGCCAGCAUCUCCCCAUCCAACGGAGUGGACCGGCGGGCAGCCACACUGUACAGCCAGUACACAUCCAAGGGCGAGGAGCACAGGUCCUUUGAGGGAACUCUCUACAAAAGAGGAGCUUUGCUGAAAGGCUGGAAGCCUCGUUGGUUUGUUUUGGAUGUGACCAAACAUCAGCUGCGCUACUACGACUCGAGUGAGGACACGGGCUGUAAGGGCCACAUUGACCUGGCCGACGUGGAGACGGUCAUCCCUGCCGGCCCCAGCAUGGGAGCCCUAAAACACACGAGUGACAAGGCCUUCUUUGAUCUCAAGACCAGUAAGCGCGUGUAUAAUUUCUGCGCCCAAGACGGACAGAGUGCCCAGCAGUGGAUGGACAGGAUCCAGAGCUGCAUCUCUGACGCCUAGAGGCCAUGGUCUAGAAGAGGGGAAGGCCUCGUGCUGCCAGACAGGAAAGGAAGGGGUGCAGAAGUCUGGGGCAGCCGGGGUGGCACCCGGUCUGGGGCUCUCCCGCCUAGCCUCCCCGCGCCUUCUGCAGGUGCUGCGUCUGCCUGGGCUGAGUGCCUGUUACCCAUGUCUGCACAAGAGCGUCAGAAUCUCCCUGCAUCUUGCACUAGAAGCUUCUAACCGGGACUUUGUUUAGGGAUCAGAAGAACACUCCCUGAGCCAGCUGUGCUUUAUCCCCACCGGGAUCCUUCAUGAAAAUUAGAUCCUUUCUGAUCCCCGAGAUCUAAUUACCACAGAGACUUUUCAGACCAAAAAAAAAUGAGAACACUCCCAACAAUUAUUUGACACUCCAACGAGAACAGGAUUCCAACAGAGGCUCCUCCCUCUCUCGCCUGGCCUUGGACAUGCCGGUCUCUCUGGUGCUCUAAAAGGUGCUUCCACAGUCCCUGCUCAGCGUGGGGCUCCCAGCUGACCGGCUGCACCCAGCGGCAGACGAGGUGAGCCCACAGCACUGCCUUGCUGGCUAGACUGUCGGGGGAAGACAGCACAGUGGGCAGCCCAGAGCACGCAGUGCUGCGUCCACACACUGAAUUCUCCGGCCAGAGAACAUGAGGCCCCAGGACCCUGCGUCCCUGUGUAUUCAUUCUGCUGCUGCCCGGCGGCUUACGCAGAGCCACACGCACAGAGGGAGCACUAACCCACCACACGAGCACCUGCACUGAGCUCCUGGUGAACAGGUGUGGGGAAGACAGAAGCCGUCUGUCCAUGACAUGUAGCACCUGUGACAGGGGCCGCAUGAGACCCACAGUCGCUGUGGCUCGGGCACUUGGCACUCUGCACCGCGGCACUCACACGGCCCUUGCGUCUGCUUUGUGGCCCAGAGAACACCGGCUGUUCACGCGGGAACCGGAGCAGCAUCUCUGCACGGCCGCGGCAGCUGGCUGGAGUUCCAGCUAGCUAGACCAUCGCGUUGUUUUUGAAAUGUUAAUAUGUCAAAAAACAAACUAAUAUUUCAGAAAUAUGUAUAUCUGAUUUCUACACCCUUGUUUUUCAGAUAGUCUGCUAAUUUAAUAAGAUUAACUAGACUGAUUUGUACGGUUUCACUAAAUGAUUCCCUUUUUAAAUAACCAAAAAUCUUUGUAGGUUCGAAACAGACUACACGUUUGAAUUUAAAGUUACCUACACACUAGAAAACAGAACUGUGUUAAUAUAUAAAAACUUGGGGGAUAUUAAGAAUGAAGGAUUUUUUUUUCUAUCAUUUUCAUUUUAUAAAUUUCCACCUGUGGAAAGGUUUUUGCACAUUAUUUGUACUUUGUAUAUGAAAUAAUUUUUUGUACUUGUAAGAUAUGAAGCCCACUGUACCUUGAGCUCUCUUAGACCAUAUACAAUGCUCCUCUCAUAACUGGAUUCUUUUAACUCUCCUAAAAGUGUCAUUCCAUUCACUAGCCACCUUGAAUUAAAUCUGUUUCUUAAGAAAA